UUCAGAUCAACAUUUUCAAGGAACCACUAUAAAGAAAUCAAAGAUGUCUGGAAAAGGAAGGAAGGCUACCCCAUCAAUCGCUGGACCUCCUAACAAAAAGGCCACUCAGGGGGGAAAAGACGGCAGCAAAGAUCCGAAUCUGAAUUUGCUGAAACUUCCUGCCGACGUCCGCCAAGAGUGGUUCUCCGCACUCUUCCCCACGGAGUCCCCAUCCGCCAUGUCCUCAACAACAGAGGAAUCAAGCAAUUCCCCUCCCCCUGAUUUUCUACAGAGGCUAAAGGACUUUUGUGGUAACUCGAGUCAGGCUGACAAAAACGAAGAGGAUCUACCUGAGGCAGAGGACCCCAAAGAUGCCAUGCAAGUGGCAAAACUACUCCAGAAUUUUAAGGAAAAAGAGGCUUUCGGAGAAACAAUUCACGACAAGGACGGCAUUAAGGUAGGCUUCAUGCGUGUUGGGCAAAAUGCAAGAUAUACUGUUAAUAAGGACAUCCAACUAGAUUUUAAUGUAUACAACGGGGAGAUGUACGUUCAUUUGAAAAAGAAAUUUAGCAAAAGUAAGAAUGAUGCAGUCUCUUUCCGGGGUAGUUUAAUCACGGUAUUCGAUGUGAUUUAUUGUCAUGCAGCUGCAGAAAUGCAAGCACUUUUAUUGGGGAAGGAUGUAGACGCUUCAUACCUAGAAUUUGCAACUCAACUUCUUAAAGUAGGGACAAAGAAGUAACUAUUAAUCUUGCUGUUGUAGUCACUCUGUUGUAGCUUACCAAACAUUAUAGUAAUAAUAACAAUAACAAUAAAUACAAUAAUACUUCUUAUGAUUGUUAAAAAUGCUUUUA